AUGGAGAUGGCCAAGAUUAUUCCGAGCGCUGACCCCUCAUCUCACAAACAUCCAUACACUCCGCAUACAUGCGCUCGACAAACGCACGGCCUUUACGUGCUUUCUAUCAUGGCCUCAUUUUCGGACGCACCCAGAGAGGUCAUUGACCAGAUCCUGAAACACUUGCCGAGAUCUAGCCUCCCCAUUGUUUGCCUCGUGAGUAGAUCACUGAGACGUUGUGCUGAGCCCUUUCUCUACUCGACUGUUUCGCUUGAAUGGGGUGAAUGGGAUUUCGAAACAUUCCCCCCAAUUGCCCCUCUUCUCGCGACCCUCGUGCGCAGACCAGAACUUUUCAAACACUUGGAUGUCGUAAUAUUAGGAGGCAUGAUGCAGCAGAGAGCUCGCGUGCCCCCCAUGGACACAUCCAACGUCCCAGUCGACGAGUUUGAGGCUGCCAUUAGAAAAGCCAAGAUAUCAUUUUCCGACAUGUGGGUUGAGAAGUUAAAAUCAGUUCAUACGUGCAUCUACGCGCUUGCCGCUCUCUUGAUUGCACACCUUUCUCGAACAACUCAUCUCACGAUCACAACCCCUUGGAUAAAUGGGCAACCGUUGGUUGGCAAGGUUAUUCAAGCCAAAAUCUUCUCGGGUCAGCUCCCUCAAUUUGAGCGGCUUAAACACUUGAAAUACCUCAAGAGACGCGAUCUCACUCUUAAAAAUAACAGAGUGUUUGGAGAAACUAUUAGUCUCUUCUACCUGCCGACAGUUACACACUUGGAAGUUAUAAUGACAAAUCCUAAAUCUUUCCAGUGGCCUGUAGCCGCCGGCGAGCCCAACUUCAGCCACCUUACAUCGCUUAAGAUUGGAUGGCUAUGUGAACCUUUUUUGGCUAAGAUACUUGCUGUUGCCCGGAACUUGGAAUCUCUUGAGUGGAGUUGGGAACAUCACGGCCCACCACACUCUUCGGAUCCUAAUAUUAUGGACUUUGAUAAGAUCACUGAAACGCUCCAGCCUCUGAAAGAUACUCUCAAGUCAUUUUCGUAUACAAUGAAUCUUGGGGAAGAAGGCGAGCUAAUGGACAGUCCGGCGAUGCCUGUGCAGGGAAAUUUCCGCCAUCUUCGCAACUUUACAAGACUUACUCACCUGGAGGUCCCGCUCACACCACGUUCGGAAACCGACUCCACGCCUCUCGCUUUAGCAGACUUUGCUCCCGAAAGCGUUGAAGUUCUUACUCUCUCUGGCGCUGCCUUAAAUAUUGAAUGGUGCCGUGGCGGUUGGGCUGAUGACGACGAUUUCAAAUUUGACGAUUUUCUUCCUCUUAUACAAGCUGUGGCUGAUGAUCGCCCUGCAAGAUUGGCACGACUGCGGAGUGUUGUCAUCUUGGACGAUGAAAGUGGAUUUACCCGUCGCGGAAUCGGCGAUGUCCGUCGCCAAAUCGGCGAUAGAAUACAAAAGCUUGAUCUCGGUUUUGAAAUCCGCUUCAAACCGAAAGCCAGUAUAGCAGCUAAGGAGAACCAUAACUAUACAUAG